UUCAUCAGUUCUGUGGUCUGCUGUCGAAUACAUCAUCAAUAUCGUUUACAUAAUCGAAAAUUAAAGUUCAUUAAAAUCAUUGAAAAAUUAACAAAAAAUGGCUUCUAGAAGAAUUACUCAAAGCUCCAUCAAUUGGUCGGCCCUUAGUGAACGAGUUCCAGAGAGUCAAAGGUCACAGUUUUUGGCAUUCAAGGCAAAAUCAGAUGCCUAUCUAAGAAGGGUAAUGGCAAAUCCAGAAAAACCUCCAGUAAUUGAUUGGGCAUUUUAUAAAUCCCGAGUUCCAGUAGCUGGCAUGGUAGAUGAUUUCCAGAAACAAUAUGGAGGACUAACGAUACCUUUCCCAGCCGAUACUGUAAGUUCUCAGAUUGAUGCCCAAGAAAAGGAAAUCAAAAAUGAUAUUGCAAAGUUCAAAACUGAAUCGAAUGCCCGAAUUGAAGAGUACAAGAAGCAGUUGGCCCAUAUUGCAAGUCUCAUCCCAUAUGAUCAAAUGACUAUGGAAGAUUACCGUGAUGCUUAUCCUGAAGAAGCUCUUGAUCCUAUCAAUAGACCAACCUACUGGCCUCAUAACAAGGAAGACCAAAUUGAUUAUUCUGAGAAAGCACCUCAACCAAAUCACUAGGACACUGAAUUUAUAUUGAUUUACAGUAGUAAAGAGACGUUUAUAACUUUUCAAAAUAUAAGGUAGUUCUGAACUUACUAGAACCA